CCAGGUGCUCCAGCCAACCGUAUUCUCAGACGUUCAUCAGAAGAAGAUAGUGGGCCGGAGGAAAGUGUGCAUGUGGGGUAUCGCGAAGGGCAGGGCGAGAUCACAGACGGGUUAUUGUUCUGAUUUAACCGCUGCCUCCUCGCGAUCUCCUCACCAAGAGUCUCACAUCCCAUGGGCUUGGAAAAUACCGUGCUUCUGAGAUACAUCUGAACUCCCUCCGCGUAUAAUGUUUAAGAAGAGCAAGAGUAAAGUUCUGGUGGAUGAAGCGUCAGAGGAAGACGAUGUGUCGUGGCAUCAAGAGCACGCUAGUAAGGAUAAGGACUCAGAGGGAACAGAGGAAGUUCUGAGCCCCUCAACAAAGGAUUCAAAGUUAAAGAAGGUUAAAUCAAAGCGAGAAAAAGGAGACAAGAAGUUGUUUCCAUCUCAGGACGAUGAACACAUCUUGCUGACAGGAGUCACUGUGUCUCACAGAAGAGGGUCUGCAAAGAAAAACUGGGAGGACGACAAGAGUAAAACGCACUCUGAAAAAGACAAAGCGCACUGUCUGUGGGACAGCAUCACCAUGACCAUGAAGCAAAUCACACCUACGAGGAAAAUCGACAAGAUCGAGGGCUGGGAGCCGCCUCAGCUAAACGACGGGAUGGAAGAGGAAAAAAACGAGCUGGAGAAGAAGAGGAGUGACUCGUCCCCGCUGUCCUCCCCUCUGUCAUUGUCUCUGCCACAUUCUCUGGGCUUGCCGUCCUGGGUUGGCUUGGGUUCAGAGGAGGACUCGUCUCGUUACGCUAGUCUGACUGAAUCACAGACGGGCGGCCCUAGCCAGUGGGCGGCUCGGGCACGAGAUAAAUUAGCCGCCGUUCGACGGCGAAGUCCAGCCAGCCUAUCAGAGAGUAAUUGGGAGGGGCUCAAAUGAUUUCUAUAUUGAUGUCUGUGAGGAUGGCCAUACCCACUUGUAUACCAACUCUGAUUGGACAAGAUGUGAAGAGUAGGACCCUCAGACCAAGAGUGCCUGCUUCCAAUGAUUUAUUGUCAUUUUCCUUUUUAUAGAAAUGCGAGUCCAACUUUUGAAGCAAUGAAGCUCCUUCAGAUAAGUCACUGGAUGUACUUAUAGUUUAUGUCUGACAUCACCAUGAUGUUUUGUGCGUUUCUUUUUAAGCCUAUAAGUGGCAUUUAAACAAUCAAAGAGAGAGUUCAACCAAAAAUUAAAAUCUUGUCAUUAUUUAUUCACCCUCAUGUCUUUUUCAGACCUGUUUGGUUUUCUUUCAGUCUUCUGUGGAACAAAAAAGAUGAGGAUUAGAGGAAUCCCUGCUGAGAAAUCCAGCUAAAACCAGCCUAAGAUGGUUGGCUGGUUUUAGCUGGUCAGAAGGCUGAUUUUAGAGGGCCACUAGUUUUGGUCACUUUUUUUAGCUGGUUAGGCUUUUUUUAGGAGGGAUAUUCCAAGAAUCAUAAACCUUAGUCAGACGCCAUAUUGCAUUUAACGCACAUAAAGAUUCUAUAAACUUACAGUCUUUACAAUGGUACGUACUGUAUACGUGUCCUAAAUUACAUAAUUUUCACAACAUUCAAAACAUAGUUUUUGUUUACCGAACAUUUACGGAGAAGUUAACUUCCAGAAGAAAAAUUUACAGAUAAUUUACUCACCCACUUGUCAUCCAAGAUGUUCAUGUCUUUCUUUCUUCAGUCGAUAAGAAAUUGUUUCUUGAGGGGAAAAAAUUCUGGAAUUAUCUCCAUAUAGUGGACUUCAAUGGUGCCCCCAAGUUUGAACUUCCAAA